CGGUGCAAAUUCGUUCUGAUAAUUAUGGCAUUGAAAGAAGAUAUCGCGUUUCUGUGCAAAACAAAUUUGAAACCACUGAUUUUAGGGCUGAUGAGAAGUCUUUCUUGCAAAGUGAUAGAUACAGACCACAACUUUCUUUUGUUAUACAAUCUCCUUAAAACAAGCCUGGUGAAUGUUAUGGUAUUCCAAUUACAAUGGGUAUUGAAAAAAUUAUAUAUGGUCUGGUGUUGAUUUCCUGUUCCUUAUAUGCCACAGCAGAGGAUGAUGGAGAAUUUAGUAGGAAAGCAUUUCCAUCAAAUUUCAUAUUCGGAGUCGGUUCGUCUGCCUACCAGUACGAGGGGGGUUAUGUUGAAGAUGGAAAAGGCCUCAGCAAUUGGGAUGUGUUUGCUCAUAUUCCUGGAAAAAUUGCAGAUGGAAAGAAUGGUGACAUUGCAGUGGAUGAAUAUCACCGCUAUAAAGAAGAUGUGGAAAUAAUGUGGAAAAUGGGAGUGGAGAUGUACAGGUUCUCCAUUGCUUGGUCUCGUAUUUUCCCUAAGGGUGAUGGAAAGAUCAAUCCUCUUGGAGUCAAAUACUACAAUAAUCUGAUCAAUGAGCUUCUCAGCAAAGGGAUCCAGCCAUUUGUGACACUUUGUCACUACGACAUUCCACAGGCCUUGGAAGAACAAUAUGGGAGUUUGCUAAAUCCACGCUUUAUAGAUGAUUUCGCACAAUAUGCAGAAGCUUGUUUCAGAAUGUUUGGUGACAGAGUAAAAUACUGGACCACUUUCAAUGAGCCCAAUACCUUCGUUUUCAAGGAGUAUGAUACAGGGGAUUAUCCUCCAAACAGGUGCUCGCAUCCAUUUGGGAGUUGCAGUGCAGGCAACUCUUCAACAGAGCCUUACAUUGCCAUGCACAAUGUGCUGCGUGCCCACGCUGCUACUGUGGAUAUCUACAGAAGAGAAUAUCAGACUCGUCAAGGAGGCUUCAUUGGAAUCGUUAUCUCAGCUGCAUGGUUUGAACCACUUAGAAACAUCCCAAAAGACCUUGAAGCUUCAGAGAGAAUUAUUACAUUUCAUAAUUCAUGGAUUUUGGAUCCAUUAGCAUUUGGAGAAUAUCCAGCCAUUAUGCGCAAAUUGGUGGGCAAAAGACUGCCUUCUAUCACAGAGGACUUGCACAACCAACUCCAGGGCUCAUUUGAUUUCAUUGGUCUAAAUUACUAUGGCUCACGCUAUGCCACCGAUGCUUCAGAAUUUCUAAAUUCACCCAAUCGUGAUUUCUAUCAGGAUAGUUUGACCACUGUCACCAAUGUAAAAGAUGGCAUCCCUAUUGGUCCACAGCAGAUGUACCCACCAGAUAUGUAUGGUGUGCCUUUCGGAAUUGAGAAGGUAGUGGAUUAUAUCAAGACCCGGUAUUCCAACCCACCUAUAUUCAUAACAGAAAAUGGCUUUGGUGACCAAAGGAAUGACAACCUCCCUUUCUUGCAAAUGUUAAAUGAUACAUUUCGAGUGGAUUACAUUGAAGAAACACUCAAGUACUUAGCAAAAGCAGUGAGGAAAGGAGCUGACGUCCGUGGAUACCUUGUUUGGUCACUGCUAGAUAAUUUUGAAUGGAUUUAUGGAUACACUUCCAAAUUUGGUAUGUACCAUGUGAAUUACACAAAUGGGCUGCAAAGAUAUCCCAAGUUCUCUGCCCAUUGGUAUGGAGAAUUUUUGAAAGGAAAGAGCACUCUGCAUAAAGAGGAAUUUUUAAGAGAGUUUAUGGAAAGUUAUGCUGGUAAAGCUAUCCCUACCAUAGCAGAAGUAUAAGAACUGAAAGUAAAAAGCUUUGGAAAGAUACUGUUUUCAUAUCUUCCUGUGCCUCAAAUAAUAGGCCUAUGUUUAUUAUUACUCUACAUCAGAUAAUGCACUUUGUGAGUUACAAGAAGUAACUUGAUAUAGGUUUUCAAUUAACGGGGCUAUGUUUAGUUUGCGUUUAUAAAUUUCUCUGUUUGUUUGUUGAGAAGGAGUAGUGCAGGCUUCAAGUUUCAUAAACAUCUACUUUGUAUCCAUCAUAUUCAGUCAUGUUAACUACUCUAGAUGGAGUAGUUGUAUAUUACUGUCCUAUAUUUAUGGUAAUAGCAAUACGAAUUUAUCA